GAUCUAAUUAACUUUGUUAAAACACUUCAUGUCUGGUCACCAAUUAUGCUAUGAAUUGAAAGAGUAUAUAUAGACGAGGAGAUUCUUUCCACUGUCAAAUCUCAUCUUCUUGGCGAGCAAGGGAUGAUUACCUCAAUUCAACCCAUACAGAGGAAGCUUAUGGAAAAAAGUCCAACUUGAGGGAGGGACUUUUAAGAAAUUGUAUUCUUUGAAAUCUAAAUGGAAUUCUUGUGUUAGAGAGAGCCAAAAAAAAGGACCUGGAAUUACAAUUUCAUGUUGGAAUGAAAACAUUUGGGAGUAUGUGAUUGGUUUUUACUUAACAAAGAACGGAAGAAAAAUGUAGUAGUCCAGUUACAGUAUUAAACUGUUAGCAUGAAAGCUUGAUUUUCAAAUUAGAGCAUUUAAAACAAUUAUACAUUGUUACUACUCUCUAUCUAGUACUAAUGGUAAUAAAGCUGCUCAAAAACAAAAUAAACAAACUAAUGAAGGAAAUGCAAUGGGGAUGUAUAGAGUUGAGCUACCUAGACCGUACAUGUUGAUGUUGAACCUUAUUACUUCAUCCAGAAUGUAAAGUCACUUAUCUUCUGCCUUAGAAUUCUAAAUUUUAAAUUCACUGCUUUCGAGUAGGGGCAAGACCUGUUGUACACACACCCUUCUCAGACCCCCCUAGUUUCGUGGAAUCCGAGUAGGUUGUUGUAAUUUCACACACCAACAAAAAUAUGUCCCACAUAUAGGGUGUCUCUUCACAUACAUUACCAUAGGCGUGCAAAGGUAGAAGUGGUUUCCAAAUUAAAGUUAGAGCAUUCAAAACUAUAUGUGUGCAAUACCAAACAACCCAUGCAUAAAAGCUAUAGAACAAGAAGAUACUUGACCAUCCAUCCCACUCUAUGUAUGUAUAGGAAUCAAGAAAACUGGAAUUGGUUUCCCCGCCCAAAGGCAGAUGUACAAGAACAACAAAAAUCAGACCCCAACAAAAAGGGUAGCUAGCGUUAAAGAAAAUUAGAGUGAGGUGGUGUUAUAUGUGUAUUAACGAUCUAGAAAAAGGAUUUGCUUGGCUGACUCAACUGAUAGGGGAUGAUUCUGGAGCAGAUGGAUCAAAAUAUUUCUUCAUUUCGUGAAAAGUUUGGUUGUACAGGGUGCACGCUUCAUUGAGUUUGUUAUGGUAAAACCCAAAUGCUCAAUGAUCUCAAAAUGCAUCUGCAUAUCCGGAGGCACGUCGCCGAAAUACAGCCUCUCGCGAACAUACAAUUUCCCCAUGUGUCUAUGAGCAACUCCCUUAAGAAGCCGGACGAGUUCGUCCUUUUCCCUCCUGAUCCAACCUCGCCUCACGUCACCCCACUGCCUGGGGGUCCCAUGCAAGAAAAAACGAAUGGCAUUUCUCAGGGAGGGGAGAUUCAUCGUGCGAUCUUUACGAAAUGGGUCAAUGAGUGGCCAAGAAACCACCACAGGGCGGCUAUGGAGCGACUUAGAGAGAAGAUGCCUCUCUCUCCUCAAGCGGCGGAACAACACCACGGCCUCUCUCCUCCAACUUCUCGCCUUCAUCCUACGAAACUCCCUGGAGACCAACGUCAACCUCUUCACCAAUCUCGUCACCGCCUUCCCCUCUGCCGACCGGAUCGCCGGAAUCCACUACUCCCGCCGCUUGUUCGACGGAUCUCCCCGGAAAGAUGACAGCUUUCUCUGCAACACUAUGAUAAAAUCAUAUCUUGACACGGGAUACGUCAUGGAUGCUAUGGUUUUCUACAGGAAUUUGAUGGGGAACACGGGGUUUAAGCCUGACAACUACACCUUCUCGAGCUUGGCGAAGUGUUGUUCCUUGAAAGUAGCCUUCUGGGACGGCCUGGGUGUCCAUAAUCAUGCAUUGAAGUGCGGGGUUGUUUCCAAUUUGUAUGUGGCAACGUCUCUGGUCGACAUGUAUGGCAAGCUUGGGCGCAUUGAUUUUGCGCAGAAGGUGUUUGAUGAAAUGAGUGAGAGGAGUUCUGUUUCGUGGACUGCUCUCAUAGGAGGGUACAUGAGGUGUGGUGAUAUGGGUAUUGCAAAGAAGCUUUUUUGCUUGAACCCGGAGAAGGACACUGCAGCUUUUAAUAUGAUGAUUGAUGCUUUUGUGAAGCUGGGAGAUAUGGAGUCAGCAGAGAGCUUAUUUGCUGAAAUGCCAUCAAGAAAUGUGGUGACCUGGACCAGCAUGAUCGAUGGGUACUGCACUACAGGCAGCAUUACAGAAGCAAGACGUCUAUUUGAUAUGAUGCCUGAAAAGAACAUAUGUUCUUGGAAUGCAAUGAUUGGUGGGUACAGUCAAAACAAGCAACCGCAUGAGGCAUUGAGGUUGUUCCAUGAAUUGAGGACGAUGACUAAUUUGGAGAUGGAUGAUGUCACGGCUGUCAGCGUGCUUCCAGCUAUUGCUGAACUGGGUGCUUUAGAUUUGGGCAUCUCGGUUCACCACAUUGUGAAGGCAAAGAAACUGGACAGAAGAAACCCAAAUGUUUCCACUGCACUGGUCGAUAUGUAUGCCAAGUGCGGUGAAAUAGGAAAAGCCACAAGAUUUUUCAAUGAAAUGCAGACCGGUAAAGUGGCAUCCACUUGGAAUGCCAUGAUAAACGGAUUGGCAGUAAACGGAUGUGCCGAGGAAGCAUUGGAAGUAUUCAAACAAAUGACAAGCAGUGGGUGCAAACCAAACAACAUAACCAUGCUAGGUGUUUUGUCAGCUUGCAACCACGCCGGGUUGGUUGAAGAAGGAAAGAGGUGGUUCAGAGCAAUGGAGAAAUAUGGGGUUACACCCGAGAUCGAACACUACGGUUGUUUGGUUGAUCUUUUAGGAAGGGCAGGACAUUUGGAAGAAGCUGAGAGAUUGGUGGAGCGCAUGCCGUAUGAGGCUAAUGGGGUAAUUCUCAGUUCUUUUCUGUUUGCCUGUGGAUAUGCAAAGGACGUGACGAGGGCAGAGAAGGUGAAGGAUAAGGCGAUUGAGUUGGAGCCGUGGAACAGUGGGAUUUAUGUUAUGAUGAGGAAUAUGUAUGCUAAAGAGAAGAGAUGGAAGGAUGUUAGAGAAGUGAAGGGAUUGAUGAGGGAAAUGGGGGCAAAGAAAGAGGCUGGUUGCAGUGCAGUUGAAGUUGAUGGUGAGGUUUGGGAGUUUGUAGCUGGGGAUAAUAAGGUAAAUCCUCAUUGUGAGGAUAUUUAUUUGCUCUUGGAGCACUUGCAGAUGUGCAUGAAGAUGCAAGCAAUGCAGGACACACCAUUUCAAUCUGAUUGACUAAUAUUUGUCCAAACAGUAAUUCACACUUUUACUAUUUGAGUCUCUGGAAGUUGUGUUUACUCAGGUGUUUUUAUUGUUAAUUUGAUCAUUCAUGCAAAAGAUGUUUAAUAUUAAUUGAAUAACAAAUGUUGUAUCCCCAA